CCUGAACACAUCUUUUUUCCCCCGGAAGUGACGUUGAUUGUUGUAUCAGCGUUCCUUUCGUCGUGUGGUAGCGGCUUUAGCCAUCAAAGAUGACUACAGCUGCAAGACCAACAUUUGAGCCGGCAAGAGGAGGGAGGGGUAAAGGAGAAGGUGAUUUGAGUGCUCUCUCCAAGCAGUACUCCAGUCGAGAUCUUCCAGGUCACACAAAGAUCAAGUACAGGCAGCCUACCCAGGAUGCCCCCGAGGAGGUCCGUGCCCGUGACUUUCGCAGAGAGCUGGAGGAGAGGGAGCGUGUAGCAGUACGUGAAAAGACCAGAGAGAGGGGACCAAGAGAGCACACCACAUCAUCAUCAUCUUCUUCAUCAUCUUCAAAGAGGCCAAGACUGGAUCAGAUUCCAGCUGCUAACCUUGAUGCUGAUGAUCCUCUCACUGAUGAUGAUGAGGACGAGGACUCUGAUGAAGAUAGUGAUGAUGAUGACACUGCAGCUCUUUUGGCUGAAUUGGAGAAGAUUAAAAAAGAGCGUGCUGAAGAGCAAGAACGCAAAGAACGAGAGCAAAAGGCAGAGGAGGAGAGAAUUCGAAUGGAAAAUAUCUUGAGCGGCAAUCCACUGAUUAAUUUGGCUGGACAGCAGCAACAGAACCAGAACCAGAAUUCAUUCAGAGUCAAGAGAAGGUGGGAUGAUGACGUAGUGUUCAAGAAUUGUGCCAAAGGAGUGGACGAAGCACGGAAGGAGAAACGCUUUGUGAAUGACACACUGCGCUCUGAAUUUCACAAGAAAUUUAUGGAGAAAUAUGUAAAGUAGAGGACUUCCUCUGUGUCAUUUGUAUUGUUUUUGUUUUUAUUAUCAAAUGUGUUUGGUCUCCUUCCUCUACCCUCUGUUGCGGAGGGUACAUGGUUUUUCAAAUAAACUCUGUAUAGAACUUGAUUAAUACUUGUACAGUCAUCCAUCUAUCCAUGCUAUUAACCACGUAUCCAUCUGUACAGUCAUGCUGUAUAUAAAUGUGUCAACGUGACAUCCUUUGAGUGAAAUUUGUCAAAAGUUAAGUGCAGUUUUAAAAUGUGACCAGACAUUUAUUUUCUUUGGGGGUUUUUUUUUUCAGCUGGCAGAGAUUAUAUAAACUAGCAUCUCCACAAAUGCACAGUUAGAUUAGGAUCCAGUCAGACCAUCACAAGGAAAUAUCUUCCUUCUGUUUAGCCGCUCCACGCACACAAACAUUUCAUUCAAAACAGUGUAGAGAUCUGCAGUCAAGCCUUUAUUUCUUUAUGCAGCCAUGUGUCAUUGACUUUUUCCCUGCUUAUCUUAUUCAAGGGCACAGGGGCGCUGGAGCCUGAUUUAGACUUCUGUGGGAAAUCGUAACGUAACCGGAAAGCCUUCUUAACCCUACACCGCAACCUGACCUGCACCUCUCAAGAAAUAUAGCUACAUCUCAGGUCGAUGCAGACUGCAACAACUGAAUGACAUGGAAGGUUACAGUGUAGAGUUAAGACGGGUUUCGGUUGCAGUAGAAGGUACAACUUGGAUUUCCUGCAGAAGUCUAAAUCAGGCACAUCCCAAAGGCACAAUACACCCUGUCAGUCUGUCACAUUUCUUGUGGAAUUCUUUUUUUCAAUAAAGUGUCUUCAUAUUAAA